AUGCCUCCACGUAUGAGGAGGAGGAUCACCUCUGCCAAGCGAGAGCAGAUUGAGAAGGAGGAGAAGGCUUUGUCCAAAUCUAUUGUUCGGCCAUUCGACGUGGUUGCAGGGCUUCCUGUUUCUUACAGUCAGCCACCUUAUGGAAACUAUGAAGAUGUUCUCAAGACUCCCUUAACGGUCAAGGACUCGGGAAUACUAUACCGAUCCUUGAUGAAGUCUCGUACAAACUAUGUGGGAUCGUGUCCAAUGUUUCGCUUGUAUUGGAUAAAACAGACAUCCUAUGCUAAGAAAUUGAUGGGUGAAAACAGACUUGUAAAGACUGAAGCUGAUAGAGCACCAGUGCUUUCAGCUGAUGUGAAUGCUAGGGAUGUUAUGGUGAAACUCUGUGACGCUGGAUUAACAUUGGGUCCACACUUUUUUGAAAUCAGAAUUUUCAUUGCCAAAGACGAACGAUCUCAGAAGAAGGAUGAGGAGCCUGUUGAAAUCAAGGAAGAAGCUGGUAAAGAUAAAUCAGAACAGCCCGAAACAGAAAAUGGUGACAAUUCAACUGAGAACGAUAGCAAAUAUGAUGGACAAAGUAAGAAUUCUAUGGAGGUAGACGGACCAAAUCAAACCAAGUCAAACACUCUAGAGUCAGAUCAAAAGCACCCUGAACCCGCUAGUAAACCCACAACUCCUGAUCCAAGUGAAGAAAACUCCUUAGCAGAAGUCUCUAACAUAGAAGACACGAAUAGUCAAACCCCGAAGAAUGCUUCGUCGUCACCGGCUCCUCAAUUGAGCUCUGCUGUUACUACUCAAAUUGAAGACUCUCAAAUCACAAAACAAUCCUCUAAUCCUUCCGGCCAGUCCAAGUCAGAGAAGCCCAAAAAGGAUAAGGAUCCCACGGAUGCUUUAUCGGCUGAAAACACCUUAAUGGUGUUCAACCUAAAUGCUCUUGCCAAAGUCGACAUCAAUUUGCACCGGCUCAUGAAAAUCGUGGCAACCGGUAGUGCCAACCCCAACCAGUUGAUGACGUUUCAGGGAUAUAUAUUAAGAGCCAGAGAAAUGGGAUCACCUCCACAUCCAUUUCUUGUGCCAAACUUCCGGCUCGAUCCUCAUACGCCAUUGAGAAUAAGAAAACCAUCUAAAGAAAAGGGUACCAAGUAUCUCAAACUCUCUAAACAAACCGCAAAAGAGCAGAAACUUACAGCAUUCCAGGAAAAAUACAUAUCGGAUGCUACAUUGGUUUUUGAGUUUGUGGAAAACUCGAAUGUCCGAUACAUGCUUCCUAAAAACUCCAUAUGCGAAAUACUACCUUCCAAAAAAAGUAGUGAUGAUAGAGACUUGUUGAUCAGCUUCCUUUGGAUACACAACCAAACUGAGGUGGACAGGUAUGAAACACUUUUGGAAGAGUACGAGACUGCUGUGCAAGAAAGAGAGAAAAAGGAGCGUGAAGAGCUUCAAAGGCAGGUUGCUGAAGAAGAAAGACAAAAACAGAUUGCUGAAGGAAAGAUUGUUGAAGACCCUCCAGAACCAGAACCAGAACUUCCAAGAAGUAGAAGAAGACCUCCCCCAAGAAGAGGUGCUAAGAAACAAAUCAAUAAGCCUCCUAAAAAACUUGUUGCUCCAGAAGAACCAGAACCAAGGUAUACUGCAGUUUCAUUUGUUAUUCAUGAUAUUUCCACCAAGUUUGUGUCAAUUCUUUUGAACAGCAUGAAACCAGAAGCUGAGGUUAGAAGCUAUAUGAAACGUAUUCUUGAUAGAGGAAGUAGGUCUGCUAGUCUUCAUCUUUGGUAUCAAGUAGAUGGUAAACUAGAUGAAGCAUUGGCUGAAAACAUUAGAGUUGAAAUCUCUAACGAAGAAAAGAAAAUGACAGGAUUCUCUACCGCCAAUGCUAAUGCUGCAAAAAAGAGAAAGUUGUAA